GGAUCAUCACGGCUGCGGUGGUGGCAGAACUUUUUAUGUGCGGCGGGAAAGUUGCCCACCGCAUUGCCUGACCUUUUGAGCCUCAUGGUACUUACACAGAAAGAUUCACUUCUGAAGUGCCACCGCAGAUUGACGAUGUCACGGUAGAGCAUGCGACUUACCCUCAAUCCUCCUAUGCUGCCUCUUCUGGUGACAUAUGACAAUGCCACCCAAGAGAAAAGCCGACGGCUCUGAGGCCGCGCCUCAGCAAGCCUCCAGAAAGCCUGCCGUUGCCAAGGUGAAAACCGUCCCACCGAAGCCCGUCUCCAAAGAAACCCCGACCGAGUCGGCGGCUGUGCUCGAUGCCCGCAAUGCGGAAGGUGACUCCAAAGCUGAGAAGCAUGGUCGCAAGCCCUACCACCAUGCAGAUAGCUUCGACGCUGCCCUCGAACCCUUCUACUAUGACAAGUCUCUGACGGAUCCCAUUGACACGGCUCGUGACAAAUGGAACUUGGUGCCUGCGUUCCUCAAAGUCAAAGGACUAGUAAAGCAGCACAUUGAGUCUUUCAACCACUUUGUCGAGGUCGAACUGAAGAAAAUUAUUCUUGCUGAACCGGUCAUCACAAGUGAUAUUGACCCGGACUUUUACAUCAAGUAUGAAAACAUUUAUGUUGGCCGUCCACGACGACAUGAUGAGCAGUUUAUCAAUGAUGCCAAAGACGAAUCUACAGUCACACCGAACGAGUGCCGCCUACGUGACAUGACAUAUGCUGCUCCGAUUUUGGUGGAUGUUCGAUACACAAAGUCCAAGAUCGCUUACCGGCGGAGAGGGAUGCCCAUUGGUCGCCUCCCAAUCAUGCUACGGAGCUCAAGAUGUGUGCUGGGUGGCAAGUCGGAAGCCGAGAUGUGCGCCAUGGACGAAUGUCCACUGGAUCCUGGCGGGUAUUUCAUCGUCAAUGGGACGGAGAAGGUCAUAUUAGUUCAAGAGCAACUCAGCAAAAACCGUAUCAUUGUCGAGGCCGACCCCAAGAAAGAAGUGAUAACGGCUUCGGUCACCAGUUCCACCCACGCCAGAAAAUCGAAGAGUUACAUCGUCCUGAAAAAAGACCUGUUGUACAUGCGCCACAACAUCUUGAACGAAGACGUGCCUGUCUGCAUCUUGCUGAAAGCAAUGGGCGUGACGUCUGAUCUGGACAUGAUGGCUAUUGUAGCAGGCACCGAUAGCGUUUUACAGGACGACUUCGCCAUCAACUUUGAAGAAACCAUCAAGCAUCACAUCCAUACGCAGCAGCAGGCGCUAGAUUAUCUGGGAGCCCGUAUCAAAAUCACUCGAAAACCUACACCAUUUGGACAAUCCCGCAGAAAUUAUGUCCAGGAAGCUUUGGAGGCGGUCAGCAACGUUUUCAUUGCCCACGUUCCCAUUGAAAACCUCAACUUCAGACCAAAAGCCAUAUAUAUUGGGCAUAUGGCACGCCGUGUCUUGAUGGCCAAGCAGAACCCUGCGCUCGUAGACGACAGAGACUAUGUGGGCAACAAGCGACUAGAGCUGGCCGGUCAGCUACUGUCGCUGCUUUUCGAGGAUUUGUUCAAGAGUUUCAACUAUGCUGUCAAGCUGAAUAUUGACAAAGUGCUACGAAAACCCAACAAGACCGAAGUAGCCGACCCCUGCAAUGUCAUGAUGGGUCAUGCAAAUCAUAUCACUCAAGGGAUGAAUCGAGCUAUCGCAACUGGAAACUGGAAUCUUAAACGGUUUCGAAUGGACCGUGCCGGUGUCACCCACUUGCUGAGCCGACUUAGCUUCAUUGCCUCCCUUGGUAUGAUGACCAGAAUAUCAAGUCAGUUCGAGAAGACUCGAAAGGUCAGUGGUCCCAGAGCCCUUCAACCAUCGUCUUUCGGUAUGCUUUGUCCUGCGGAUACCCCUGAAGGCGAAGCUUGUGGCUUGGUCAAGAAUCUUGCUCUUAUGACCCACAUCACGACGGAUGACGAAGAGGCGCCGAUUAAACGCCUCAUAUUUAUGCUUGGUGCAGAGGACAUAGUCACCGUGGGCGGAUCAGAACUUUAUGCUCCCGGAUCGUAUCUUGUUCUUCUGAACGGCACUCCUGUGGCUACAACCAGACACCCUUCCCAUUUCCUGACCUCAUUCCGACAUCUGCGAAGAUCCGGACGUGUCUCAGAAUUCGUGUCAACAUUCAUCAACCAUCACCAUAGCACAAUCCACGUCGCAACCGAUGAAGGACGCAUUUGCCGGCCACUUAUCAUUGUUGAAGACAAGAAAUCCAAAGUGACCAAGCGCUAUCUGAAGUCUCUUCGCCAGGGGUCGAUGGACUUUGACGACUUUUUGGCCAGAGGCCUUGUCGAGUACCUCGAUGUCAACGAAGAGAACGACAGCAACAUUGCCCUGUAUGAGCCCAAUAUCAACGCAACGACCACACACUUGGAAAUCGAACCCUUCACGAUCCUUGGUGCUGUGGCAGGGCUAAUUCCUUAUCCUCAUCACAACCAGUCACCCCGGAACACGUAUCAAUGCGCUAUGGGUAAACAAGCUAUUGGGUUUAUUGCAAACAACCAGUUCCUCAGAAUCGACACCUUGCUAUACCUCAUGGUAUAUCCACAGAAGCCGCUUGUCAAAACCAGAACAAUUGAAUUGGUCAAGUACGACAAACUUCCGGCAGGACAAAAUGCCACGGUGGCAGUCAUGUCAUACAGUGGAUAUGAUAUCGAAGAUGCUCUUGUGCUUAACAAAGCGUCAGUCGAUAGGGGCUUUGGCCGUUGUCAAGUGUUGCGCAAAUAUCCGGUGAGCCUGAAAUUCUACGCAAAUCACUCCAGGGAUGUAGUUGGAGGACCUACCAUGGAAAACGGUGCUCCGAUAAAAGCACAUGCUUUGCUUGAUACAGAUGGUAUCGCAUCUGUCGGUGCCAAAGUUAGCCAGGGUGAAGUCUAUGUCAACAAGCUGGUCCCUGAAAAUGCCAACUCUUCGGGCUUGUCAGAUACUGGCUCCAACAAUGCUACACACAUACCACAAGCCCAAAAAUAUCGACUACCGGAUCCCAGCUACAUCGACAAGGUCAUGGUGUCUGAAGUCGAGGCUGGACACCAGCUUAUCAAGGUACAGACUCGACAGACAAGAGUACCCGAGGUUGGCGACAAGUUUUCCUCGAGACACGGGCAGAAGGGUGUCGUUGGUAUCAUUGCCGAGCAGGUCGACAUGCCGUUUUCCGAUCUUGGCAUCACUCCCGACAUUAUUAUGAACCCUCACGGUUUUCCCUCUCGAAUGACUGUCGGUAAGAUGUUGGAACUUGUAUCUGGCAAAGCUGGUAUUUUGAAGGGCAAGUUCGAAUACGGGACGGCAUUUGGAGGUAGCAAGUUGGAAGAUAUGUCCAGAGCCCUUAUCGAGGCCGGAUACAGCUACGACGGGAAAGACUACCUCACUUCUGGUAUCACUGGCGAGCCUCUUCCAGCUUACGUCUUCACUGGUCCGAUCUACUACCAGAAACUCAAGCACAUGGUCCAAGACAAGAUGCACAGUCGUUCAAGAGGCCCCAGAGCUAUUUUGACAAGGCAACCGACUGAAGGUCGAUCCAGAGAUGGUGGUCUGCGUCUGGGAGAAAUGGAGCGAGACUGUCUCAUUGCGUACGGUGCCUCGCAGUUGCUUCGAGAACGCUUGAUGUUGUCAAGUGACAAACAUGAAGUCGACGUUUGUGAAUCUUGCGGUUUCAUGGCGUUUGGACGAUGGUGUCAGCGCUGCAGUACAGCGGGCGAGACCGGAUCGAACGUGGUCAGAAUGACGUUGCCAUAUGCCUUCAAGCUUCUGCUCAAUGAGCUGGGAAGUAUGAACGUCAAUACGAAGCUGAUUGUGUCGGAUGAAUUUCCUUCUGACGGGUCGAGGAGGGCCUAAAUCACCUCAUGUCUUGGGCGAAAGGGGUAGCGGUGACCUGGGCGGUGCAGGGCUUACGAUGACGAGGGCACGGGAAUGCAUGAAGAGAAUGAUUGUUCAUAGCAUGACAGCACAGCAUAGCGGCGGGGACAUAUUUCUACGUAAGCCUGUAUCGGGCUCCCGUGGGUCACAAUGCAUGAGCGAAAGGCGCAUUAUCCUUGUCGUUUGGUCACUGAAUCAAAAUUUUUAUCUGAAGAAG